UCCCCUUAAAAACUAGCACAAACCCCAUCACCAUUCUUCUCAGACAAAAAGCACCAAACCAAACAUUCAAAACUCUCUUUUCUUUCACUGCAAAACUCUCAUCAAAACAAAAGACAUGUCAAAGGAAGUGAUUGAAGAAGGACAAACACAUCACCAUGGAAAAGACUAUGUUGACCCUCCACCAGCACCACUUCUUGAUAUGGCUGAGUUAACUAAAUGGUCUUUUUACAGAGCACUUAUAGCUGAGUUCAUAGCUACACUUCUCUUCCUUUAUGUUACUGUUGCGACUGUUAUUGGACACAAGAAACUUAAUGGUGUCAACCCAUGUGAUGGUGUUGGUAUUCUUGGAAUUGCAUGGGCUUUUGGUGGCAUGAUUUUUGUUCUUGUUUACUGUACUGCUGGCAUUUCUGGUGGUCACAUUAACCCUGCAGUGACAUUUGGGUUAUUCUUGGCAAGGAAAGUGUCAUUGAUAAGAGCAAUUGCAUACAUAAUAGCACAAUCACUUGGUGCUAUUUGUGGUGUUGGUUUUGUGAAGGCAUUCAUGAAGCAUGACUACAACAUAGAAGGUGGUGGUGGUAACUUUGUGGCACCUGGUUACAACAAGGGCACUGCUUUGGGUGCUGAGAUUAUUGGAACUUUUGUGCUUGUUUACACUGUUUUCUCUGCUACUGACCCUAAGAGAAGUGCUCGUGACUCUCAUGUCCCUGUUUUGGCUCCUCUGCCAAUUGGAUUUGCUGUUUUCAUGGUUCAUUUGGCCACCAUCCCCAUUACUGGAACUGGCAUCAACCCUGCUAGAAGCUUUGGUGCUGCUGUCAUUAUCAACAGGAAAAACAUCUGGGAUGACCAAUGGAUCUUUUGGGUUGGACCAAUGGUGGGAGCAAUGGCAGCGGCGAUAUACCAUCAGUUUGUAUUGAGAGCUGGAGCUGUUAAAGCUUUGGGAUCUUUCAGAAGCAACCCAAGCAACUAAGCAAGUUAUUCACCACCCUCAUAACCAGAGAAGAGAAGAAGAGAAUUGCAUUCACAAGUUCAAAUUUUUCUUGUUUAAUUGUUUGAUUUGUGUAUGAGGAUUAAUGUAUGAACUUUUUUUUUUUUUUUGUUCCUUUGGUACAGUUUCGUAUUUAAUAUAAGCGUUGGAUGUGUAUUUAUUUGGU